CAUCAUUCUGUGCCGGAUGGCCUGGCGGUACGGAGCGCUGAAAAUAAGGCGAACGCAUUAGUAUUUACCUUGGCUAGGCACGCACAGAGGUGUCCCUGGAUUUAAUUUUGUAGCCCAAUCGUCAUAAGGGGCAAUCAUGUAUGAUCAAGACGAGGAUAUCCAGUACGAUGAAGAUGAUGACGAGAUCACCCCGGAUUUGUGGCAGGAAGCCUGCUGGAUUGUCAUCAGCUCUUAUUUUGAUGAGAAGGGCCUGGUGCGCCAGCAGCUGGACUCCUUUGAUGAGUUCAUCCAGAUGUCAGUGCAGAGGAUCGUGGAGGACGCCCCGCCCAUCGACCUGCAGGCCGAGGCUCAGCACACGUCCGGCGAGGUCGAGGAGCCGCCACGGUACCUGCUGAAGUUUGAGCAGAUUUACCUGUCCAAGCCCACCCACUGGGAGAGAGAUGGAGCUCCCUCUCCAAUGAUGCCCAAUGAAGCCAGACUGCGGAAUCUCACGUACUCCGCCCCCUUGUAUGUUGACAUCACCAAAACCAUCAUAAAGGAGGGGGAGGAGCAGCUGCAGACGCAGCACCAGAAGACCUUCAUCGGCAAGAUUCCCAUCAUGCUCCGAUCUACAUACUGCCUGCUGAGCGGCCUGACGGACCGUGACCUGUGCGAGCUCAACGAGUGCCCGCUGGACCCAGGCGGCUACUUCAUCAUCAACGGCUCAGAGAAGGUGCUCAUUGCUCAGGAGAAGAUGGCCACCAACACAGUGUAUGUGUUUGCCAAGAAGGACUCCAAGUACGCCUACACGGGGGAGUGCCGCUCCUGCCUGGAGAACUCCUCCCGCCCCACCAGCUCCAUCUGGGUCAGCAUGAUGGCCAGGGGGGGUCAGGGUGUAAAGAAGAGUGCCAUUGGUCAGAGGAUUGUCUCCACGCUGCCGUACAUCAGACAGGAAGUGCCCAUCAUCAUCGUGUUCCGCGCUCUGGGCUUUGUGUCCGACAGAGACAUUCUGGAGCACAUCAUCUACGACUUCGACGAUCCCGAGAUGAUGGAGAUGGUGAAGCCGUCCCUGGACGAGGCCUUCGUGAUCCAGGAGCAGAACGUAGCCCUAAACUUCAUUGGUUCUCGAGGUGCCAAGCCCGGUGUAACCAAGGAGAAGAGGAUCAAAUACGCCAAGGAGGUGCUGCAGAAGGAGGUGCUGCCCCAUGUGGGAGUCAGUGACUUCUGUGAGACCAAGAAGGCCUACUUCUUAGGGUACAUGGUGCACAGACUGCUUCUGGCUGCCCUGGGCAGGCGAGAGCUGGACGACCGAGAUCACUAUGGCAACAAGAGGCUGGACCUGGCCGGGCCACUGCUGGCCUUCCUGUUCCGCGGAAUGUUUAAAAAUCUGCUGAAAGAGAUCAGGAUAUACGCCCAGAAGUUCAUCGACCGAGGGAAGGACUUCAACCUGGAGCUGGCCAUUAAGACCCGCAUCAUCUCCGACGGGCUGAAGUACUCUCUGGCCACCGGGAACUGGGGUGACGUGAAGAAGGCCCACCAGGCCAGAGCCGGGGUGUCUCAGGUGUUGAACCGCUUGACCUUCGCCUCCACCCUGUCCCACCUCAGACGAGUGAACUCUCCCAUUGGGCGAGACGGCAAGCUGGCCAAGCCCAGACAGCUGCACAACACGCUGUGGGGGAUGGUGUGUCCUGCCGAGACCCCAGAGGGUCACGCUGUGGGGCUGGUGAAGAACCUGGCCCUUAUGGCCUAUAUCUCUGUGGGCUCACAGCCGUCCCCGAUCCUGGAGUUCUUGGAGGAGUGGAGCAUGGAGAACCUGGAGGAAAUCUCCCCGGCAGCCAUUGCUGAUGCCACCAAGAUCUUUGUGAAUGGUUGCUGGGUGGGGAUCCACAAAGACCCCGAGCAGCUGAUGAAUACUCUGAGGAAGCUGAGGAGACAGAUGGACAUCAUUGUGUCUGAGGUGUCCAUGAUCAGAGACAUCCGGGAGAGGGAGAUCCGCAUCUACACCGAUGCCGGGAGGAUCUGCCGCCCCCUGCUGAUCGUGGAGAAGCAGAAGCUGCUGCUCAAACGGCGGCACAUCGACCAGCUGAAGGAGAGGGAGUACAACAACUACAGCUGGCAGGACCUUGUGGCCAGCGGUGUGGUGGAGUACAUCGACACUCUGGAGGAGGAGACUGUGAUGCUGGCCAUGACCCCUGAUGACCUGCAGGAGAAGGGUGUGGCCUAUUGCUCCACCUACACCCACUGCGAGAUCCACCCGUCCAUGAUCCUGGGCGUCUGCGCCUCCAUUAUCCCCUUCCCUGACCACAACCAGUCUCCAAGGAACACAUACCAAUCUGCUAUGGGCAAACAGGCCAUGGGCGUGUACAUCACAAACUUCCAUGUGCGCAUGGACACCCUAGCCCAUGUGCUGUACUACCCACAGAAGCCCCUAGUCACCACCCGUUCCAUGGAGUACCUGCGCUUCAGGGAGCUUCCAGCAGGUAUAAACUCCAUCGUGGCCAUUGCGUCCUACACAGGGUAUAAUCAAGAGGACUCUGUCAUCAUGAACCGCUCAGCUGUGGACCGCGGGUUCUUCAGGUCUGUGUUCUAUCGCUCUUAUAAAGAGCAGGAGUCAAAGAAAGGCUUUGACCAGGAGGAGAUCUUUGAAAAACCUACUCGUGAUACUUGUCAAGGCAUGCGUCACGCGAUCUAUGACAAGCUGGACGACGACGGUCUGAUCGCGCCGGGCGUGCGCGUGUCCGGCGAGGACGUCAUCAUCGGCAAGACAGUGACGCUGCCGGAGAAUGACGACGAGCUGGACAGCACCAACCGCCGCUACACCAAGCGGGACUGCAGCACCUUCCUGCGCACCAGUGAGACCGGCAUCGUGGACCAGGUCAUGGUCACGCUCAACCAGGAGGGCUACAAGUUCUGCAAGAUCAGGGUGAGAUCGGUCCGUAUCCCCCAGAUCGGAGAUAAGUUCGCCAGUCGGCACGGACAGAAGGGUACCUGUGGUAUCCAGUACAGACAAGAGGACAUGCCCUUCACGUGUGAGGGAAUAACGCCCGACAUCAUCAUCAAUCCUCACGCCAUCCCCUCUCGAAUGACAGUUGGUCACUUGAUCGAGUGUCUGCAGGGCAAGGUGUCUGCAAACAAAGGUGAAAUUGGUGACGCCACGCCCUUCAACGACGCCGUGAACGUGCAGAAAGUGUCCAACCUGCUGUCCGAGUACGGGUAUCACCUGAGAGGCAACGAGGUGCUGUACAACGGUUUCACCGGCCGCAAGCUGACCUCGCAGAUCUUCAUCGGCCCCACCUACUACCAGCGCCUGAAGCACAUGGUGGACGACAAGAUCCACUCCAGGGCCCGCGGGCCGGUUCAGAUCCUCAACAGGCAGCCCAUGGAGGGGCGAUCUCGUGACGGAGGUCUGCGUUUCGGGGAGAUGGAGCGGGACUGUCAGAUCGCCCACGGAGCGGCGCAGUUUCUGCGGGAGCGUCUGUUCGAGGCAUCCGACCCCUACCAGGUGCACGUCUGCAACCUGUGCGGCCUGAUGGCCAUCGCCAACACCCGCACCCACACCUACGAGUGCCGGGGCUGCCGCAACAAAACCCAGAUCUCCCUGGUGCGGAUGCCGUACGCCUGCAAGCUUCUGUUCCAGGAGCUGAUGUCCAUGAGCAUCGCUCCGCGCAUGAUGACCAGUUAGAGAGCCCGUCGUUUCCCUGCCGGGAGGCUCAGAGGACGACGUUGACGAUGUUACUUCUGAAGAGGGACGCAGAACGAACAGCAGGCGACAGGUUUAAAAUGGAAGCCAGUGCUGUGUAUCUGAUACCAUAGCUGCUGUCAGUAGCCUUUGUUUUUGUUGUGAUCACUGUUUUGGAGAACAAAAAAGAG